AUGGAUAUCCAACGAGUGCGCCGUAAUAGUGCUUUCCCAAGUACAAGUGGCCUCGUGGAUCUCCCCGAAUACAUCAUUAGCACCUUUUUCCCAGCAGCGCGACCUUUGCUCGAGACCCAUCCUCAACUCUUUCGUUUCCUCGGGGUCUUAUUGGCCUUGUGGUACUUUGGACCACUCGCCCGCCUGCAAUCGCUAUGGUCUCGAAUCUCGUCCCUCAUUGUUGCCACGGUCAACGUCUCGUCCGAAGAAGACCUCUUUGCCUAUCUGACCUCAUACAUUGCGGACCGCAAGACCUUACGAGCCGACCAGUCUCUCACUGCUAGCUCAAACCCGCCGCAAGAAAGUAGAAGGCGGCAUCGUCAUGACCCGGACAUCGAAGAGUCUGGGCGCCGCAAUAACGAAGACCCCAAGAUCAGGUAUGAGCAGGGUCAAGGCAUGCAGCUAUUCGUGUACAAGAGGCGUUUGUUCUACAUCACCAGACAGUACGGUGAUGGGCAUACCUACUUUGGGAACCGAUACAAGCGGAUCGAAAUCAUGAGCGUGUCGUGUCUCGGCCGCUCCACCGCCCCGAUCAAGGAACUCAUUGAGCACAUUUACUACCUGAACAAGGAUAAGGAACGCACAUUGACCAUUAUCCGCCGCCCCUAUACCGGCGGCUAUGGCAGUCGCUUGACCUGGUCAAGACUCACGUCCAAACCUCGCCGUGCUCUCGACACCGUCAUCCUCGACGCCGCUCAGAAAGAGCAAGUCUUGGCCGAUGUCGAGGAAUACAUGGACGAAGCCACCAUGAGCUUCUACGCAAAUCAUGGUAUUCCCUAUCGGCGAGGCUACCUAUUUCAUGGACCGCCAGGAGUAGGAAAGACAUCCUUCGCUCUGGCUCUCGCUUCCAAGUUCAACCUGGACGUAUACAAUCUAACUUUGCUGGACCACGAUCUCACUGACUCUGACUUGAUCUCGCUUCUGAACCAGCUACCUGGCCGCUCUCUCUUACUGCUCGAAGACAUCGAUACCGCCGGUCUCAAUCGUAAAUCAAAGUCCACAGCUGCCCGCCGAAAUGGAUUGCGGCGCCGAAUGAGGAUGCCCCAGGGUGCGGUGGCGAACAACAAGAAAUCUGACGAUGCUCUGGACAGCGACGACGACACGGGAACUACUACGAGCCGCGUCACGCUCAGCGGGUUGUUGAACGCCAUUGACGGUGUCGCUGCGCCCGAAGGACAUGUUCUUAUCAUGACGACGAAUAAGCCUUUCGAUCUCGAAGAGGCCCUUGUUCGAGCCGGCCGAAUCAGCGUCCGUGUUGCAUUCAAAAACGCGACAAAGGUUCAAGCUGAAGAGAUCUUCCUCCGCAUGUAUGUCGACAUGCCAAGUGCGAAAAGCUCACGGGAGAAGAAACUCGUGGAGGGGGUGGAAGGAGAUGCAGGACCUCCAGAAAGCAAGACUACCGAGCAACUUCAUUCAAUAGCCAAAGAGUUCGCGGCCAAGAUCCCCGACUACGACUUCUCGCCCGCCGACUUGCAAGACUACUUGCUUGUCCACAAGAAGAGCCCGGACCACGCUCUUGAAAACUUGCCUCGCUGGAUGGAAGAGACAUACCAGGAGCGACAACGCAAGGAAGAUGAGAGAGAGGCCGACAAGGAGUUGGAGAGGGAGGUAAUUCGAGAGAAGCGUCAGCAGUUCAGAGAAGAGAUCAAAGCUGCCGUCAAGGAGACGGCUGAGGACGAGCACCAGGUGGAUGCACAGGACCAGGCACAAGAUAAGUCAGAGGAGCUCGCUGGAAGUAACUCGGUCCAGGCAGAUGACAAAGGUAUCGCAAACUCUGGGGGAGAUGAAGACAAGUCCGCCUGA